GAAGAAAUAUUUCCACUCCACCGAGAAAAGUUUGAGGAUUGUCAAAAUGCCCGGAAGGCAGUCCCACGGUCGAGCGCCGGCGAAGAAACCAAAGUUGCAGAAUAAGUCGAAGAAAAGAGCUCUCGACGCCUUCUCAAUUGCCUCCCACGAGAAUCCGGAUAGGCUCAAGGUUAGACAACAUCGUCUUGGUGCGCAAGAGGGGGGAAAUAGACCGAAUAAGCGGAGAAAGACUGAGGAAGAUGGAGAUGAUGAGGAAGAAGAUGGAGAAAGCAAACCCAAGCAGCCGCGCAAGAAAAAAGGCAGAUUCGAUGAGUUAGAUAUUGAGGAGGGGAGCGACAGUGAGGGGAAUGAGUGGAAGCUUGGACAGGUCGACAGCGAUGACGACAGCGACUUGGACAGCGACGAAGCUUUUGGAGAGAGUGACGAGGACCGGUUUCAUGGCUAUGCCUUCUCGGGGUCUACGAAGGAAAAAAGCAAGAAGAAAGCUCCUCGUGGGAAAACCUUGAAUCUAGACGAAGACGAUGUUGAAGAAUCAGAUUCCGAGCUCGAAGAAGGAGACCUGGGCGAAGAUGCCGUGGAUUUGGCCACCAUGCUGGAUAUGGCAAGCGAUGAGGACGAAGAAAUGGGAGAUCAGGGUACCGAAGGCUCUUCAGAAGACGACGAGGAGGAUGGCAGUGAUGCAGACUCUUCUAUUUCAUCUGCGGGCGAAGAUGACGAGACUUCCGACCCUGCGAAACUUGCAGCUCUUCAGAACAUGAUUGCAAAUCUACCACAAGCCGAGGAAGGUGGACGAUCAAAGAAGAGAGGCAAUGAAGUGGAAGGCAGCAAGUUACCUGCUCCGGCAAAACUCACAUUGGAAGAUAUGAUGUCUGGAAUCACAGAUGCGCAAGACAGGAAAGCCCUCAAGUUCUUGGAAUCUGCUUCCAGCAAGAAGAAAGCUCGCGGGAAGCUGGAAGUACCUUUGGCGAAGCGCCAACAGGAUCGCCUUGACCGAAGUGCGGCGUACGACAAGACUAAGGAGACUUUGGACAGAUGGACAGACACUGUGAAGCACAAUCGCAGAGCCGACCAUCUGAUGUUCCCUCUACCAGACAACGAAGCUGCGCAAGCCAAGUCCAACAAAGAAUUGGUGCCAACCAAUACCUCAAAGCCAUUCAAUGAGCUCGAAGCAACGAUUCAGAGUAUCUUAGAAGAGAGCGGACUUGCGGCGGCCCAUGGAAAAGAUGACGAAGAUCACAUUCGAGAAUUUGAAGAACUGGAAACGAAUAAGCUGUCCAUGGAAGAGGUCAGGGCACGAAGAGAUCAACUACGAAUGGCACGAGAACUCUUAUUCCGAGAAGAGGCCAAAGCGAAGCGUAUUAAGAAGAUCAAGAGCAAGUCCUACCGAAAGGUCCACAGGAAACAGCGUGAAAAGGAGGAACGUCUCAACCAGGAAGCUCUAGCAGAAGGCGGUUUCGUGCCAUCUGAGGACGAGUUGGAAGCUCAAGACCGCAGACGUGCUCAGGAGCGAAUGGGUGCCAAGCAUCGUGGAAGUAGAUGGGCAAAGGCUAUGAAAGAGACUGGACAAGCAGCCUGGAAUGAGGAUGCGAGAUCUGGAAUCACUGAAAUGGCCCAACGGGAUGAAGAAUUGCGCAAAAGAGUUGAAGGUCGAGCUGUCAGGAGGGAGUUUGAGAAUGGCUCAGAUGAGCCAUUUGAUGAUUCUGAUGAUAUGAGCGAAGACGAUGAUGCUGUGGAGCAGGAUCGCUUGAUGAGACAGCUGAAAAGCGUUGCCGAACCUGACCUUGUAGACGAGUCACUCCCAGGAGCAAGGUUAGCAAAUAUGGACUUUAUGCGUAAAGCCGACGCGGCACGGAAGAAGCAGAACGAUGCUAUGGUUGAAGAUAUUAGACGAGAACUUGCUGGAGAAGACACUCCUAGUGAAGAGGAGGAGAGUGGACUUAUCGGACGGAGAGUUUUUGGACCAGGGAGUGCCAAGGCAGCACAAAAGAAGACCAAAUCUACCGUUGACGUUCUUGAAAUACGAGCAGAUUCGGAGGAGGAUGAAGCUGCUGAGGUACAGAUUCAUGGCACAGACCGAACUACUCCACGGCCUUCUGUAUCGAAGGCCAAGCCUUCAAAGCCAUCACUGAAACCAACUCUUCGAUCACAACCAGUGGAACCACCGGCAACAGAGGGAGGUGCCUGGUCGAAAGUGCCUCUGAAAUCGGCAACCAUCAACGAUGCGGAAGCUAAACGACGUCGACAUAAGAAAAACAAUGCCAUAGACGUGGAAGAACUGGAUCUAUCCCAAGCUGCAGUCAUUGCAAGUAAGCCAAAGGCCAAGAAACCUCAAAAGACAACAACUCUCGAGGUAGAAUCAGACUCUGAUGACAGCGACGAAAAUGCUGUCCACCUACCAUUUGCCAUCCGUGAUCAGGAGUUGAUCAAGCGUGCAUUUGCCGGCGCCGAUGUCGUUGGCGAAUUCCAGAAAGAGAAAGAGGAUGUUACCAAAGAUGAAGAUGAUAAAGUGGUCGAUGAUACUCUUCCAGGCUGGGGCAGCUGGGUUGGUGAUGGUCUCAGCAAGAAGGAGAAAGCAGAGAACAAGGGCAAAGUCCUUAGGAAAAUCGAUGGUAUCAAACCGCAAGAUAGAAAAGAUGCAAAACUUGACCGUGUCAUCAUCAAUGAAAAGCAGGUCAAAAAAAACAACAAAUAUCUUGCUAGCCAACUCCCUCAUACUUUCGAAACCAAGCAACAGUAUGAGAGAUCACUGCGCCUACCUAUUGGUCCUGAAUGGACAACAAAGGAGACGUUUCAAGAUGCCACAAAACCUAGAAUCUUGCUCAAGCAAGGUGUCAUUGCACCGAUGUCGAAACCUCUUCUCUAGAUAUUUCCCAUCAGAGAAGCAAAAUAUGAAUCUUCUUAACAGGCUAU